CUUCCUCCCGUUCUCAUCAAAUUUUCUCUCAAACCCUUUCCCGCACUACAAUCUUCUCCUUGGCUUCGUGUUCAUCUGGUUGAGCGUCGAGGUGGAGGGGUCGAGACGUCGAAGCAUUUGUGGGUUGAGCGAGGUCGAGGUGCUCUGGCUGCGUAGGUCGUGUUCGCUCUCGGAAUUCCUCGCAUCUGCAGAUGAUGGCACACGUACUAGAGAUGAAUUGAUUGCCAUGGCUCCAGAAGGAAUAGAUAAAGAUCAUUGGGCUUCUUUUGUUGACUACCGUCUUGAGGACAGAACAAAGGAGAUUGCCCAAAAAAAUAAGCAUAAUAGGACAAAGCAAACUCUUGCUCACACAGGGGGGUCGAAAAGCAUUGCAAGAAAGAGGGAAGAAAUGGAAAGAGAGUGUGGGCACAAAGUUAGCAGAGGACAAGUCUGGAUAGCUACCCAUAAGAAGACCAAUGGAGCUUUUGUUAGUGAUGAGGCAAGAGAAAUUGGAGAAAAAAUUGAAGCAUAUGAAUCUACAAUAUCAUCGACUCAAUCAAAAGAAAUAUCUAGUUCAGAUUCAUUGGCUCGUGCUUUAGGAAUCAAAGAGCAUUGUGGACGCGUUCGCGGUUUAGGUUUGGGUCCUUGCCCAUCUAAAGUCUUUUGAGUCCAUGCUCGUUCUCAUGGUGGAUCAUCUUCAACUUCUGUUUCUAAUGUUGAAUUACAAACUCAGGUAUCUUCAUUGACAACACAAGUCAAUGAAAUGAAGGCAGUGAUAUCAUUAUUGUUGCAAAAUUAUCCGGGUCAAUUGCCUUCACAGCUUGCUACAUUUCAACCAUCAUCGGUAUCUGAUCAAGGAAGUGUGUCAAAUGAUGGAUGUAAUGAAAAAGGAGAACCUUAGAACUCUGCGUAUUUAAUUUUUAGUAUUGAACAUCUUUGUCCACCCUCGACCAUAUUACAUAUUAUGUGUCUGUUCAGUGUUGAAUUUUGGUCCUUAUUCCAGAAUUAGGACAGACAUUUCUCUGCUCCCAGUGCCUUGAAAAUAAUUGUCUUCAUGGUUGCUCUGAUGUCUGCUAUGUUACCAAGUUUUCUUUUCAUCAGUAUUUGCUACUUGUUAUUAAAAUUCUUGUAAAUAUUACUUUUUACUUGCCCUGGAUAUUUUUUUUGAACUUCUCGUUCAUGUUUUGUAUGGUUUUCUGAAAAUGCAUUAUCUUUCUUUGCAUUUUGCUUUGGGAGGAGGUGACAUUAGC